AAAGAGGGAAGGCGCGGCGGCGGCGAAGGAAGAGCCCGGCUCUCGCGCUCCCUUCCAGUUAAAGAGUCACGGCCGCGCCGCUCUCUCCUUUUUCCCCCCCUCUUCCAGCCCCUGCCUGUUGCCGGAGCCGCCGGCCAGCCAGCCAGCCAGCGCCGAGAAGGAACCGCAGCCCGUGCGGAGGGAAGCGGAGCCACCGAACGCCGCCUUCGGGCUUGGGAGCUCAGCGGAGCCGAAAAGGGGGAGAAGCGCGCCCGGGAGCCAAAAAGCCCGAAGCCGAUGCCUUGAGGGCUCCGGAGAGCCGGAGGAGGCCAAGGGAGGAGCGGUGGGGAGGGGGGGGGGCUCCCUUCCCCAUCCCUCCCGCUCGGUCGGGGGGGGAAGCUUCUCCUCCGCCUCCUCCUGGCUGUCAAACUCGGCCGUCCGGCUCUCUUCAGCAGCAGCAGCAGCAGCAGCAGCCGCCGCCGCCGCCGCCACUUGCAAGCAGCCCCAGCAGCCUCGCCGCCGCCGCCGCCGCCGCGAACGGGGCAGUCCUUGCGCCCUGCUUGCGCGCCUUGCCUCCGCCUCCGUCUCCUCCUCUUCCACCCCAGCGUGCAUGCCCAGCGGCGGCGGCGGCAGCAACAGCAGCAGCAGCAGCAGCAGCAACAACAACAACAACAAAAAAGCAACAGCCGCAGGAACAGCAGCAGCAGCAGCAGCAGCAGCAGCUUCGCAGCCCAGCCUGGAGUGGCUCCAGCGGCUUGGAGGAGGCGGGGGGGCGCCCUGAAGCCCGUCGCCUUGCCAGCCCUGCCAGCCCUGCCAGCCCGGAGACGCCGCCAACCCCCCCGUCUCCUCCAGGCGCUGCCGGCGGACGCGGCCAGGCAAGAUGCCCAGGAGGAAACAGCAAGCGCCCCGGCGCUCAGCAGCUUAUGUUUCGGAUGAGCUGAAAGCUGCUGCCAUGGUAGAUGAUGACUUGGAACCAGAAGAGAAUACAAUGGAUGGAGAACCUUCUGCAAAGUACGCCUGUCCAGAAAAGGACUUUGGCAAGAAUUGCCAGAGCUAUCAGAACUCUCCAGCGGCAGAAUUUUCCAGCCAUGAAAUGGACAGCGAGUCCCAUAUCAGCGAGACGAGUGAUCGAAUGGCCGAUUUUGAGAGUGGCUCUAUCAAAAACGAGGAGGAGAGCAAAGAGGUUUCCAUAGCACUGGAAGAAUCUGUGGUAUCGGACAGUUUGGAGCAGAUGAAGGCUGUCUACAAUAACUUCCUCUCCAAUUCCUACUGGUCCAACCUGAAUUUGAAUCUCCACCAGCCGGCCGUUGAAAAAACGAAUGGCAGCAGUAGCAGUAGUAGUAGUAGCAGCAGCAGCUGUGGCAGUGGGAGCUUCGAUUGGCACCAGACCGCCAUGGCCAAAACGUUACAGCAAGUGUCUCAGAACAGAAUCCUUCCUGAGCCAAGCCUUUUUAGCACAGUUCAGUUGUACAGGCAGAGCAGUAAACUUUAUGGCUCCAUCUUUACCGGAGCCAGCAAAUUCCGCUGUAAAGACUGUAGCGCAGCCUACGAUACUUUGGUGGAAUUAACGGUGCACAUGAACGAAACGGGGCAUUACCGGGACGACAACCACGAAACGGAUAACAACAACCCCAAACGGUGGUCUAAGCCUCGUAAACGCUCCUUGCUUGAAAUGGAAGGGAAAGAAGAUGCCCAGAAAGUAUUAAAGUGCAUGUACUGUGGCCAUUCCUUUGAAUCGCUUCAAGACUUGAGCGUGCAUAUGAUAAAAACAAAACAUUACCAAAAAGUGCCUCUGAAGGAACCCGUAACCCCCGUAGCAGCAAAAAUCAUACCAGCCACUCGAAAAAAAACCUCGCUGGAAUUAGAACUGCCAAGUUCCCCAGAUUCUAUUGGGGGGAACCCCAAAGGAACUCUUUCCGAUGUCAACGACCCUCUUCAAAAGAACUCCAAUCCUUACAUUACACCGAAUAACCGCUAUGGACACCAGAACGGUGCCAGCUACGCCUGGCAUUUUGAAGCGAGGAAAUCUCAAAUCCUCAAGUGCAUGGAGUGCGGCAGUUCCCACGACACCUUGCAGGAGCUCACGGCCCACAUGAUGGUGACAGGACACUUCAUUAAAGUCACCAACUCUGCCAUGAAGAAAGGGAAGACCAUUAUAGAGUCCCCUGUCACGCCCACCAUAACAACUCUGCUUGACGAGAAAGUCCAAUCGGUGCCCCUCGCGGCCACAACCUUCACCUCUCCUUCCAGCAUGCCAUCCAGCGCCUCCCCGAAACUAAACAUGGAAGUCAAGAAAGAAGUGGAGAAAGAGAGAACCGUUGCUGAUGAAAAGGUGAAAGACAAAGACAAAUUAAGCGAAGAUGAGGAAAAAUACGACAUCUCCUCCAAAUAUCAUUACCUGACAGAAAAUGACUUGGAAGAAAGCCCAAAAGGGGGACUAGAUAUUUUAAAGUCAUUAGAAAACACAGUCACUUCAGCUAUUAACAAAGCCCAGAAUGGUACCCCAAGCUGGGGUGGAUAUCCCAGUAUUCAUGCUGCCUAUCAGCUGCCCAACAUGAUGAAAUUAUCCCUAGGGUCAUCGGGAAAGAACACUUCUUUGAAACCCAUGUUUGGAAAUGCUGAAUUGGUCUCGCCCACUAAAAGUCAGCCCCUGAUUUCACCUCCAAAUAGCCAAACAUCCCCUGUGUCCAAAACAAAUUUUCAUGCCAUGGAAGAGUUGGUGAAGAAAGUCACUGAGAAAGUAGCCAAAGUGGAAGAGAAACUGAAGGAACCUGAAGCGGGGAAGCUUUCGCCCGUGAAGAGAGCCACCCCUUCGCCGUGCAGCAGUGAAGUCAGCGAACCCCUCAAGAUGGACACUUCCAGUGACAUUGGGUUCAAAAGCCAUCAGAAUAGUCCAGUUUCUCAGAGGGAGAGCUGCAGAGACAGCCCAACCGGAGAACCGAUGGAGAACGGCAAGGAGAUUGUCAAGAAAAUCGCAAACACUUUGACCAGCAGUGCAGCUAUUAUUACUGACCAUCCUCCCGAACAACCCUUUGUAAAUCCAUUAAGUGCAUUACAAUCUGUCAUGAACAUUCAUCUUGGGAAGGCGGCGAAACCUUCCCUUCCUGCCCUAGACCCCAUGAGCAUGCUUUUUAAAAUGAGCAACAGCUUAGCAGAAAAGGCUGCGGUAGCAACGCCACCCUUGCAACCCAAAAAACCCGAUCACUUAGACCGUUAUUUUUACCAUGUCAAUAACGACCAGCCCAUUGAUUUGACGAAAGGCAAGAGUGACAAGAGCUGCUCUUUGGGUUCAGUGCUUUUGUCAUCCACAUCAGCGUCUUCAGCAUCUUCUUCAUCCACAGUGACAACCGCAAAGACAUCUGCGGUUGUGUCGUUUAUGUCAAACUCGCCGCUACGCGAGAAUGCCUUGUCAGAUAUCUCGGAUAUGCUCAAGAACCUGACAGAAAGUCACACGUCAAAAUCUUCCACACCUUCCAGUCUCUCCGAGAAGUCUGACAUUGAUGGCAUGACAAUUGAGGAACCGGAAGAAACGACUCCAGCUCAGAAAAGGAAGGGACGCCAGUCAAACUGGAAUCCUCAACAUUUACUCAUCCUGCAAGCCCAAUUCGCUGCCAGUUUGCAGCAGACGUCGGAAGGGAAAUACAUUAUGUCAGAUUUGAGCCCUCAAGAGAGAAUGCACAUUUCCAGGUUUACGGGACUAUCGAUGACCACCAUUAGCCACUGGUUGGCCAAUGUGAAAUACCAACUCCGAAGGACAGGGGGGACAAAAUUCCUUAAAAAUUUAGACACCGGGCACCCGGUGUUCUUUUGUAACGAUUGUGCUUCUCAAAUCAGAACUCCUUCAACGUACAUCAGCCACCUCGAGUCCCAUCUAGGUUUCAGGCUACGAGACUUGUCCAAACUCUCGAGCGAGCAGAUUAACAAUCAGAUAGCACAAACCAAGCCAUCCUCUGAGAAACUGUUGGCGCCUUCGCCAGAGGAAGAGCUGGGCACUUCCUACCAGUGUAAACUCUGCAACAGGACUUUUGCAAGCAAGCAUGCUGUGAAGCUUCAUCUCAGUAAAACCCAUGGGAAAUCUCCUGAGGACCACCUUCUCUACGUCUGUGAAUUAGAAAAACAGUAGUGUUAACUUUUCCUUCCUUUACUUUCUUUCUAACAGACAAGCUACCCGAAUAACUGUACUUGGCUUUUGAGGAAAACUGUCAGACAUGCUGUUGAGUUUCUCCUUUGCCCCUUACCCACCCCUGUUCUUGGCACAUAAUUGUUAUUUUAACUCUGGGGUGUAACUCUAACUCUGGACAAGUCUCUUUUUUUAUAUGUAACUGUAUAGUGUUUAAUAGAGGUACAUAAUCAGCUGUUGUUACUGGUAAAAUAUGAAGGUUAAAAACUCAGUGGUAAGUGUUUGGAACUUUGUGUAAAUUGGGGUUUUUAGUUGCUGUGCGUCACUGUGAUGCCUCAAGCUGCAUGCAUUGACAAGACAGUUUACUUAAGCAUUUAUUAACGAAAAUCAUGGCACACACUUUUCAUGGCAAAACGAAGUGUGCUGACUGUUUCUCACCUGUAAAUCUUUAGCCCUCUGAGUACUUUGAAGCACUUUUGCAUUAAUCUGGUUUCCUUUUUUAAAAAAAAAAAAAUAGACACAUUUUCUUCUUGGUUUUUUUUUUUAAACCCCAUUCUGGCUUAGUAUUUCUUUUUCUGGUCAAGGCAACAAACUUGAGCAAAAAAGUAUUAGCAGCCAGUCAUGGUUAUCAUGUGAUGUUUGAAAGGACACGUCCCCCCUUGAGAUGUUGCAAGAACUGUCAUCGCUCGGACAUGUGGACCAAUUGAACAGGAGAUUGGUGGCAGUUCUUGAGAUGUCCCAAAUAGGGAUGGAUAAACCAUACGGUUGUUUCAGACUGUCAGUCUUUCUUCCAGGGCACACCAGUCCAGAUGUUCUGAAGAAGAUCUUCCAGAAGAGGAAAUGGUGCAUGAUGAUCCAAAUUAUUUCCUUUUCUGGAAAACUUACUUCUAGAUGGAAUGUUCUGGGAUCAGUGAGACCAUCAAUCUUUCUUCCAGGGCACACCAGCCCAGGUGUUCUGUAGAAGAACCCGUCGUUUUCUGGAAGAAGAUCUUCCAGAAGAGGAAAUUACUCAUGAUGAGCCUAAUAGUUUCCUUGUCUAGGAAACCUACUUAUAGAACAUUACUGGACCAUUCCGAUAGUGGAUGAUUGAGAUGGGGUUCCCUAUGAACCAUUCUCUUCCUAAGGGAACAUUUUUUUUAACAUCCCCAUCUUGUUUCAAUGCUGCCAAUAUUUAUAACACAUGUUUUUACAAGUUGCAUUAGCCCAUCCUACUGUUUCUUCCAUUGGUUCCCAUGGUCAACAUCAGGUGGGAUGUCUUCUGAGACUAGAAUGUGGCCUUUUCCGAAGGCUUUUCGAGUGGGUCCCUCACCCUCCCUCUUCAGCUCUACAUUCCAAUUAACCAGGCUUCACCAAUGAAUUCAGAUACAGGCAGGGGUGGGCUUCAAAAAUUUUAGCAAGGGGUUCUCUGCCCGGUUGCUGGAUCGGCAUGGCCAUAGUGGGUGUGGCUUAGUCAGCCUCCUGCACCACAGCGGAGGGGCUGUUUUUGCCCUCCCUAAGCUCUGGAGACUUUUCUUGAGUCUCUGGUAGGACGAAAACAGCCUCCCCAGGCUCCGGAGGCCCUCUGGAGGCCAGAAAUGAGCCCAUUUCCAGCCUUCCCAAACUUCUGAUAUGCCUCCGUGCACGCGCUGCACUUACCUGCAUCCAAAACAGGCCAUGUGGA